AUCCAUUUCUCACUGAUCGCCUUUGAGUGUCCGCCCUGAAAGGUCGCGAUUGGUCGUGAAUACAUCCGCCCACUGCACUGCGCUCCUUUUUAAAGGUGCAUCUGGGCACGAGGGCAUCAUGAGGCCGAGAAACGGCACAGGAUCUGAGCUCACAUCGACAACAGUCCAAACCUUGCCCAGAAGCGAUGGACGUGUGGAACCCGAUAAAUAAGCAGCGGCGGGGCUGGUAUCUGGACCUCAUGGCACCGAACGAGAAGGGACCCAAAUAUGCCUGGCUGGACCCAUCUCGCCUCUACUGCAACAAGGAGGCUCUGAGAGACUGCGUGGAGGACCUGGUGGGGCCCUUCCUGAACGACUCCAUCGACAUUGUGGCAGGAAUCGAUGGCAUGGGCUUCAUCCUGGGAACGGCUGUCGCGUACCGCUUGCACAAGGGGUUCCUGGCAAUCCGCAAGGCGGGUCACCUGUGCGUGAAAACCAUCAGCCAGAAUUACACCGACUACUCGGGAAAAAACAAGGAGCUGGAGGUCAGGACGGAUGUUAUUAAACCAGGCAUCCGCGUCCUCAUUGUGGACCAAUGGAUUGAGACUGGCGGCACAAUGAAUGCAGCCAUCGCUCUGGUGGAGAACCUGGGGGGUACCGUUGCAGGCGUGGCCACAAUCUGCAUGGAGGAGACGGCGGCUGGGCUUUCCCUGCAGAAGAGCUACAAGUGCUCCGUGUGCAUCCCGAAAGAGAUCCAGGGAGAGUUCAACUCCAAGUGUCUGGGCUCCUUCAACGCAUUUCAGAUUCAGCACGAGCCUCUUCGUAACGGCGGCGUCGGGUGGAAGUGACGUGGAAUCGGACCGCACGAGCUCAUGAAUUCACACACAGAAACCGGAUUUUCUUCAUCAAGGGCCAUUUUUCCCCCUCGGACUGAGCCGAGAUGGGAUCAAAUGAAAUAUAUUCAAACGUACCCAAAAACGUUGGCAACCACCAAUGGUGACGAUUAGUCGAUCAAUUGUUAAAACCACGUGAGACCUCGUGAUGUUUAUACAACGAUUGGGAGAUGGACUCUGUGACCCAGGGUCAGCAUUUUAUGACCCACAAAAUCCAUGGGCUCCAUCCAUCUCCCACUCCCCUCCAUAUAUGGUUGCCACCUGCCCUGGAGUUCGCAGGAUCGUCCUCUUACUGGUAGGAACCUCCUGGUUACACCAGCCCACAGGGGAUUAUUGUGUCCGUCCGUCCGUCGUGCAGGGAGGG